UCUCUGCUGGUAUACUGCUGUAAGUGACUCAGGAGAGCGUAUUAGACCUGUGUUAAUGCCUCCACACCACUCCGUGAGCUACCGCGUCUAACCAGGUCCUAGUGCAGACCUCCAGGAUGCUCAAGAGAAGGAGACGGAGCCUCUUCCCCAACUACAAAGUCGGGGGAACAGGCCCCACAUACAAGGACCCAGAGGAGGACAACAAUAUUCCCUUCACCCAGAACUUGGUGAAACCAUGGAACUCCAUGCAAGAACUCAGCCGUGACAUCUACGCAGAGUACAAAGAUGAGGAAGAUGAAAUGACAUACCUGACGAGAGGCCUCUCCAUUCCUGCGAAGAACUACAUGCUGAACAUCAACGUGGGUGGGACGUUGUAUCAGAUCUCCUACAGGGUGGCUGCCAAGUAUCCCAAGACCAGGAUCGGCCGCUUGGCGACAUACACAGACCACAACAGGAAACUGGACCUGUGUGACGACUAUAUUGUCCAGAACAACGAGUUCUUUUUCGACAGAGACCCGGACAUCUUCCACAACAUUUUCAACUUCUACCGGACGGGCGUCCUCUGGAUCAAGGAUGAGUUGUGUCCCAGGAACUUCGUGGAGGAGAUAAACUACUGGGGCGUGAGGAUCAGGAACACACACCGCUGCUGCCGAAUCUCCUUCGAGGAGCGCCAGGACGAGCUCAGUGAGCAGCUGAAGAUCCAGAGGGAGCUGGAGGCAGAGGUUGAGAUGGAGGAGAAUGAGGAGUUGUUCCACGGGAUGGUGUUUGGUCAGAUGCGUCACAUCAUCUGGAACCUGAUGGAGAAGCCCUUCUCUUCGGUCACUGCCAAGCUCAUGGCUGUAGCCUCCAGCUUCUUCGUGCUGAUGUCCCUGGUGGCCAUGACGCUGAACACAGUGGAGGAGAUGCAGUAUACCACCACCACGGGACAGCUGAGUGGGAAGACCUAUGGGGAGUAUGUGGAAACCUUCUGCAUCGCUUUCUUCACCAUGGAAUACCUACUGCGUCUGGUGUCCACCCCGGACCUGCCGCGCUUCGGGAAAAGCGUCCUGAACGGGGUGGACCUGAUCGCUAUCUUACCCCUCUACCUGCAGCUGGUGCUGGAGUGCUUUGAGACCGACAACUACGGGAAGCACCAAGACAUCGAGACGGUGGGCAGGGUGGGCAAAUUGGGCCAGGUUUUGAGAAUCAUGCGUCUGAUGAGGAUCUUCCGUGUCUUGAAGCUGGCCCGUCACUCUACGGGGCUGAGGGCAUUUGGCUUCACCCUGCGCCAGUGCUACCAGCAAGUGGGCUGCCUCUUCCUCUUCAUCGCCAUGGGAAUCCUCACCUUCUCUGCCAUGGUGUACACUGUAGAGCAUGAUGUCCAUCAGACCAACUUCACCAGCAUCCCUCAGGCAUGGUGGUGGGCAGCUGUGAGCAUCUCUACUGUGGGCUAUGGAGACAUGUUUCCAGAGACCAUCCUGGGCCGGCUGUUUGCUUUCACCUGCAUCUCCUUUGGGGUCAUUUUGAACGGCAUGCCCAUUUCCAUCCUGUACAAUAAGUUCUCAGACUACUACACCAAGCUGAAGUCUCAGGAGUUCACGUCUACAGUGAAGGCUCGGGGCAAGGUCAGGUUCGCCAAGAGGGCGGCCAGGAAGUUAACCAAAUGCUGUCCAUAGACACACUGGUGAAUGUUCUAAGAUCACUAUGGGAGACUUUCUAUUCAAUUAAGUUAUUUUGUGACUUAUGCCACUACUAAGUGGGGUUCCCAGGGAGCUGGAGUUACUAUGCAUCUGUUUUACUGUAUAAAUGGUUCAAUUCAGGUUUUAGAAAUGGAUUCUCCUAUCAAUAUGACUUUUAUUGCUUGCAUAGUUUCAUUGCCAAACAUGAGAUUCAUGUAUGCAAUUACGUACUUGGAUAUUAAUGCUCCUAAGGAGGGGAGUGCAACCUUUCAUUGUAGCAAAAAUACUGCUGACAAAGUAAUCAUUAUUCUUUUUCAUCUAAAGUGAUCCUUCAACUACACGUGAGAUUUAGACUCUUAGACUUCAUUCAGAAGAAAUGAGGCCGUUGAAGUGGAAAGUUUACAUACACCUUCGCCAAAUACAUUCAACUCAGUUUUUCUAAACAAUUCCUGACACUUAAUCCUAGUAAAAAUCCCUGUCUUAGGUCUGCUAAGAUCACCACUUUAUUUUAAGAAUGUGAAAUGUCAAUAGUAGUGAUAUAUUUCAGCUUUUAUUUCUUUCAUCACAUUCCCAGUGGGUCAGAAGUUUACAAACACUUAAUUAGUAUUUGGUAGCAUUGCCUUUAAAUUGUUUAACUUGGGUCAAGUGUUUCAGGUAACCUUCCACAAGCUUCAAGAAUGUUGUCCCAUUCCUCCUAACAGAGCUGGUGUAACUGAGUCAGGUUUGUAGGCCUCCUUGCUCGCACACACUUUUUCAGUUCUGCCCACAAAUUUUCUAUAGGAUUGUCAGGGCUUUGUGAUAGCCACUCCAAUACCUUGACAUUGUUGUCCUUAGGCCAUUUUGCCACAACUUUGGAAGUAUGCUUGGGGUUAUUGUACAUUUGGAAGACCCAUUUGCGACCAAGCUUUAACUUCCUGACUGAUGUCUUGAGAUGUUGCUUCAAUAUAUCCAUGUAAAUUUCCAUCCUCGUGAUGCCAUCUAUUUUGUGAAGUGCACCAGUCCCUCCUGCAGCAAAGCACCCCCACAACAUGAUGCUGCCACCCCCGUGCUUCAUAGUUAGGAUGGUGUUCUUCGGCUUACAAGCAUCCCCCUUUUUUCCUCCAAACAUAAUGAUGGUCAUUAUGGCCAAACAGUUCUAUUUUUGUUUCAUCAGACCAGAAUACAUUUCUCCAAAAAGUAAGAUCUUUGUCCCCAUGUGCAGUUGCAAACCGUAGUCUGGCUUUUUAUGGCGGUUUUGGAGCAGUGGCUUCUUCCUUCCUGAGCGGCCUUUCAGGUUGUCGAUAUAGGGCUCAUUUUACUGUGGAUAUAGAUACUUUUGUACCCGUUUCCUCCAGCAUCUUCACAAGGUCCUUUGCUGUUGUUCUGGGAUUGAUUUGCAAUUUUCUCACCAAAGUACGUUCAUCUCUAGGAGACCGAACGCAUCUCCUUCCUGAGCAGUAUGACAGCUGCGUGGUCCCAUGGUUUUUAUACUUGUGUACUAUUGUUUGUACAGAUGACUGUGGUACCUUCAGGCAUUUGGACAUUGCUCCCAAGGAUGAACCAGACUUGUGGAGGUCUACAAUUUGUUUUUCUGAGGUCUUGGGAAAAUCAAAAGAAAUCAGCCAUGAUGUCAAGCAAAAAGGCACUGAGUUUGAAGGUAGGGCUUGAAAUACAUCCACAGGUACAUCUCCAAUUGACUCAAAUGAUGUCAUGGCUCUAGAAGCUUCUGAUAGGCUAAUUGACAUCCAUUUUCUGGAAUUUUCCAAGCUGUUUUAAAGGCACAGUCAACUUAGUGUAUGUAAUCUUCUGACCCCCUGGAAUUGUGAAAAAGUUAAAAAACCCGUCUAAACAAUUGUUGGAAAAAUGACUUGUCAUGCACAAAGUAGUUGUCCUAACCGACUUGCCAAAACGAUAGUUUGUUAACAAGAAAUUUGUGGAGAAGUUGUUAUGACUCUAACCUAAGUGUAUGUAAACUUCUGACUUCAACUAUAUUUGUAUACCACACUAUUCCCCUCCAGUCCUUAUGGCCAUGUUAUCCCAACAAGAAGACAUAAUCCACUGCAGAACGGCACCCGGUCUGAAAUAGUAAAUUCAAAAUGCAACAUCUGGAUGAAUCUGCAGACAGGUUAAAUAAUCUGGGUAUCUGGAAGAUUGAAUCUUCCCAAAGCGGAUUUAUGAAUAUGGAAGCAGCUUGCAAUGUUUCCACACCAGAAGAUUAAAAAGAGUAGGUCACUGAUCAUGUGUGUUUGGAAAACCUCAAGUACUCUCAGAUAAGCAAACAUUUCCUCCCGGAAAAUAUUUGUUGAUAAACUCUGUCAGUGUUACCCACAAGGUUCACCAGCCACCUGGACAUUGAUACUGUAUUUCAACUUCAGACCUUUUGCUAAAAAGAGCAUCAUCAUCAUGGGUCUUGACCUGACUGCAGUUCGGUGUCGUAACCAACUUCAGUGGGCAAAUGCUCACCUUCGAUGGCCACUGGCAUGCUGAAGAAGUGCGCUCUUCACUGAUAAAACCCGUUUUCAACUGUACCGGGCAGAUGACAGACAGCGUGUAUGGCAUCAUGUGGGUGAGUGGUUUGCUGAUGUUAACGUUGUGAACAGGCUAGGAUAG